AUGGCGCCGCCCGUGACCAAGCCAGCUCCCUCUGUCCAGACAAAGAAGGUGCGGGCGCCCGCAUCAACCAAAGAGCCCGUUACUAGGAUACCCAAGAGCGGGACAAGAGCCCCGGCGGCGAAAAAGAGCCCAGCAAAGGCGACCAAGGCGGGGCCGCGGUCGGCCAACACAUCUCAGGCGGCCACGCCCAAGAGACCGACGCCAGAAAAAGCGGAGAUCAAAGUUUCGGGGCCAGGCAAUCCACCGGAGAGUACAGACAAGGGAUUGGACCAGAUAACCUCUGGGCUCAAUCAAAUUAGAAUAUCCCUUGUCUCAAAAUCUCGCGAGACAGGUGCGCCAGUGGCAGCGAAGCCAAUGCCGCGGAUCCGGUUCAUCAAGAGCGGUCAAAAUUCGGGAACCACGUCUCCCGAUCCCACGGGGCCAAGCGACGUGUUGCCGUCGGUUCCUGUGAGGAAUGAAGGCUACGGCGACGUCACGCCCCCGAUCCAGUCUCCCCUGGAGCCCCUCCCUCCCUGA